UAAAGCUUCAACAUGCAUCUUAUCAUUAAUACUGUAUUUUCCGUGCUGUUCUCAUGCUGUCUGUGGGAAGUGGAAACACGCGAAGUCACCUCCACCCUCUCAGUAUCCAACGGAGGACAAUGGGGAGAAUGGGGAAAAGAGGAAUUCUGUCCCAAAGGCUACUUUGAAGGGUUUUCACUAAAGUUGCCAGAGAAACGUGGAUUUUUUCAUGAUAAUCCUGGUGUAAUUGCUAUUCGUGGGCAUUGUUCAGAUGGCUCAGUCAUUGCAUCUUUAGUGGGCAAGGGUGGUACCUGGUCUGAGGAAAUCUCCUGCUGGCAUAGCUCUCUGAACUCAUUCGCACUCCGAGUGACAAAACCCCAAGGAAUAAGCGAUGAUACAGCAGUCGACAACAUCAAGUUCAAAUGCUCAGAUGGAACUGAACUGGAAGGAGAUGGAGAAGCAUGGGGUAAAUAUGGGGAAUGGAGUGAGGCCUGUAAAGUGGGUAACAUAUGUGGGAUCCAGACAAAGGUGGAGAAACCACAAUGGCUGCACAGGAUUGAUCGUACUGAACUCAAUGAUGUAAAGUUUUUCUGUUGUAAAUAAAUAUUGGCU